UCAUCAAGUGGUUUCCUGUAAAACACCCAUGAUGCUUCUGUGCCACUCUGUGUCACUCCCAGGGAUCUGAGACCCCAUAGGUCGGUUAAUCACUGCAUAAUACAUGAAGAAGUGAUGCCAAAAUUCUUUUGGAACAACGUCAUGUGAUGCAGAUGAAAUACGGACGCAUGUGCAAACUUGCAAAUACUUAAUUGAAGACGUGGCUGAUCGUCCACAGUAUCCAAUUUUUCUCAAUCGUUGAAACACUCAUCGUGUAAAUUGGGAAGCAGCUCUGGGCCCUUGGUUGUAUCAAGUGUUCCAAGAUGGCGGGCGGGGUGACCAAAAAUUCCCUUGUCACCUUCGCCUUGGGCAUUUUCUUCGGUUUUGGGAUAUCGUACGUGUUUGUGAACUAUAUAUCGACACCAUCGCACGGUCCUGGUCCCCCCGAUCGAAGGUCUCUGCAGAGUAAGGAGGUAGAAGUGAUGAAACAGCCAUACGAUCACCCGGAAGUAAAUGUUGAAGACUCCCCGCACAAGGCGCUGGAGUGGACCGACUUGGACGAUGCUCACCACAAAGGCCAAGACAAAGAGGCGCAGGAGUUGUAUGACAGUGUUCGCGUGCUCUGCUGGGUCAUGACGCAACCCGACAACCUUGACAAGAAGGCCAAACACGUGAAGGCGACGUGGGCCAAACGCUGCAACAAAAUCCUUUACAUGAGCUCGAAUGCCGAGCCAAACUUUCCAGUCAUCGGGCUAGGAACGGGAGAGGGCCGCGACAAACUCUGGGCGAAAACAAAAGCCGCGUACGAGUACAUAUACAAAAACCACAUUGACGAUGCUGACUGGUUCAUGAAGGCAGACGACGACACUUUCGUAGUCGUAGAAAACUUGAGAUAUAUGUUGAAAGACUACGACCCCACAGAACCUGUCUAUUUCGGGCGGCGGUUCAAACCGUUCGUUAAGCAGGGUUACAUGAGUGGUGGGGCCGGCUACGUCCUCAGCAAAGAGGCAGUGAAAAAAUUUGUGGAGGGGAACUGUAAAGCACGGUCCAUUAUGGAGGACGUAGAGAUGGGUCGAUGUAUGGAACAGGUCGGGGUGCGUGCGGAGGAUUCGCGAGAUAAACUCGGCCGCGAGAGAUUCCACCCCUUCGUCCCCGAACAUCACCUCAUUCCAGGGAGGGUACCAAAAGGCAACUGGUACUGGAAGUAUCAGUUCUACCCAGCCCACGAUGGCCCUGAUUGCUGCUCCGACUUUGCCAUCACUUUCCACUACAUCACCCCAAAUACUAUGUACGUCCUAGAAUACAUGACCUAUCACCUCCGUCCUUAUGGGUACAACUACCCACAGUUGUCUGGCAUGGGAGGUGUAGGUAAGUCCCCUGCAGAGGAAAAACAACCAGAAAAGGGGAAAGGGGAGAAAGAGAAGGAGGCAGAUACAAAGAAAACAAAAGAGGAUCUUAAAGAGGAGAAGAAACCAGAAGACAAGCAAAAGGAAAAAGAGACCAAGCCAGCAAAAGAACAAAGUGACAAAGAAAAGCCAAAUGGCAGUGAUAAGUUAACGGAGAAAGAAAGACUUGCAAAUGAGAAGAACGAAAUCAUCCUAGAUGAUGAUUACGAAGAAGAGGAGGAAGAAGAUAAAAUGGAGGGAGAGAAAGAAGGCCAGGAUGAAGAAGAUACUGACAUAGAAGAAGAUAUUGACAAUGAUGCGAAUGAAAAGGAAGGGCAAGGAAAUGGAGAUGGGAUGAAAGGGGAUGAUUACAAUGAAGAAGAGGAGGAGGAGGAAGAUUAUGAUGAGGAUGAUGAAGACAAUGAUGACAAAGAAGAAGAGGAUGAAAAGGAGGAGGAGGAUUAUGAUGACACUGACAAUGAGGAAAAAGAUGAGGAAAAAGAUGAAAAAGACUAUGAAGAUGGGGAAGAUGAUAAUGGUGGGGAUAAAGAGGAAUAUGACGAGGAGGAAGAGAAAGAUGAGAAAGAGAACAAAAAUGAUGAAGACUACUAUGAGGAUGACACGUAGCAAAAAGCCUAGAAAAUGGAACUGAAAAUCAUCUUUUAAAUCUAGAGAUUUAUAAUUGCAAAUGAUAUCUUAGAAAUAUAACAACAAUGAGGUCAAAGCAACCCUUUCUGUGAUAUUUGAUACCGUGUAUACUGUGAGAAGUCAAAACAAGUGUAUUCUGCAGUUUCUUUCAAAGUUGAGUUGGUUAGCUUCUGAGAACAGUUGUAAUGCAAAAGAAUGUGG